UAUUAAUCUCUAAUGUCCCUCUCCCUCUCCCCACAAUGAACAGGACAACUGGCAAGUUUGAUUCUUCUGGAAUCAGAUAUAUAAAAUAUUGAGCGAUGAACGCAUCAACCUCCGAUUACACCAGCGGCUGCGAAUCCGGGUGGACUAUGUAUUUGGAUCAAAACUCCUAUAAUUCCGAUCCCUACACCACAGAUUUCUACACCAGGUAUGAACACAAAGGCGGCUAUGACGACGACGACGAGGAUCAGUCCAUGGUGUCGGACGCCUCGUCGGGGCCGCCGCCGCCGCACUCCGCCGCCUACUACAGCUACACCGCGGCGGAGGAUAAGAAGACGAAUAAGAAGAAUAAGAGAGCAGACGCCAAAAAAGAGCCUAAGCAGAAGCAGACGCCGUGCCUCGACGACACGGCUAGCUCUUCCAUCCACCAUUUCUCGCAGGGCAAUGUACCUCCCGAUGAUGAUUCCGCCUCGCAUUUUCAGGGCGAAUCGGGAACGAAGAAGCGUUUGGGUUUCUUCAAAUCAUCGACGAAAGGGAAAUCAGGAAGUGUGACGGGGAGAAAGAGGCAGUGAGAAAUGGAUGAGAAUAUAUUUUUGUGGUCUGCUGCAGCAAGUGAAAAAAAGGGGGAUAACAUCUGAAUUUCCAAGAUUGUUGUCUGUGUAUCUAUCUUCAUUUUAAUCCAUUUUUUAAUCUUUUUCUACCUCUACCUAUUUCUUCCUGUCCAUGCACUAGGGAACAACCCUUAAAUGUAAAAAUCAAGUUUCAAAUAAUAUUCAAAAGAGUAAAACCUUAGAAAAGAUGCAA